UUCUUAGACUUUACGCUUUGGCACACAAUUCUUUCUCACUUUUCACCAAAUUAAACCCUUUUCCGGUGCUUUCAGUUUGCACCUCUAACUCUUUCUAUACGCAGUCUUGAUUUCUAUCUUGUUUGGAUGAAAAAUUGAGAGCAACUGAUACGAAGAUGAGGUUGCUGAAGGUGGCUACGUGCAAUUUGAAUCAAUGGGCAAUGGAUUUCGAUUGCAAUUUGAAGAACAUUAAGGAAUCGAUAAUUAGGGCUAAAGAAGCUGGUGCUGUUAUUAGGCUUGGUCCAGAACUCGAAAUCACUGGCUAUGGAUGUGAAGAUCAUUUCUUGGAACUCGACACCGUCGCUCACGCGUGGGAGUGCUUAAAGGACUUGUUGCUUGGUGAUUGGACAGAUGGGAUAUUAUGCAGUUUUGGUAUGCCGGUCAUCAAAGGGUCGGAGCGCUACAACUGUCAAGUGAUUUGCCUCAACCGAAAGAUAAUCAUGAUAAGAGCAAAGAUGUGGCUUGCAAAUGAUGGAAACUAUAGAGAACUUAGGUGGUUUACGGCAUGGAAACAAAAGGACCAACUUCAGGAAUUCCAACUGCCAAGUGAUAUUUCCGAGGCUUUGCAACAGAAAAAAGUGCCUUUUGGCUAUGGAUUCAUGCAGUUUUUGGACACUUGCAGCAGAAGUUUGUGAAGAGCUAUUUUCUCCGAUUCCUCCUCACACGGAGCUUGCACUAAAUGGUGUUGAAGUUUUUAUGAAUGCUAGCGGAAGUCAUCACCAACUAAGAAAGCUUGACAUUCGUAUGCGUGCCUUUAUUGGUGCUACACAUACUCGUGGAGGAGUGUAUAUGUAUAGUAAUCAUCAGGGAUGUGAUGGUGGCCGCCUUUAUUACGAUGGAUGUGCAUGUGUUGUUGCAAAUGGAGAUGUAGUUGCACAAGGGUCACAGUUCUCUUUAAAGGAUGUGGAGGUGGUGGUUGCACAAAUAGAUCUAGAUGCGGUUGCUAGUCUUAGAGGAUCUAUAAGCAGUUUCCAAGAGCAAGCAAGUUGUAAACAACUUGUUUCCUCAGUAGACGUGCCUUACAAGCUGUGUAAUCCCUUUAACCUCCAGAUGUCUCUUUCAAGUCCGUUGAAGAUUUUUUAUCACUCUCCUGAGGAGGAAAUAGCAUUUGGACCUGGUUGCUGGCUCUGGGAUUACUUAAGAAGAAGUGGGGCUUCUGGUUUUCUACUUCCGCUCUCCGGUGGGGCUGAUAGCUCUUCAGUAGCUGGUAUUGUUGGAUGCAUGUGCCAGCUUGUUGUAAAAGAGAUUGCAAAUGGAGAUGAACAAGUUAAGUCGGAUGCUAUAAGAAUCGGGCAUUAUACCAAUGGACAAUUUCCUAUUGACAGCAAAGAAUUUGCAAAACGUGUAUUCUACACGGUUUUCAUGGGAUCGGAAAACAGUUCUGAUGAAACGAGGAGACGCGCAAAGGUGCUUGCAGACGAGAUUGGAUCAUGGCAUCUUGAUGUUUCUAUAGACACUGUGGUGUCUGCGUUUCUAUCUUUAUUUCAAACACUUACGGGAAAACGUCCUCGCUACAAGGUAGACGGGGGAUCAAACAUCGAAAAUUUAGGGCUGCAGAAUAUACAAGCUCGAAUUAGAAUGGUGCUGGCAUUUAUGCUAGCAUCGUUAUUGCCAUGGGUUCAUAGCAAACCGGGGUUUUAUCUUGUGUUGGGCAGCUCCAAUGUGGACGAGGGAUUACGUGGUUACCUAACGAAGUAUGACUGCAGUUCUGCAGACAUAAAUCCGAUCGGAAGUAUUAGUAAGCAGGAUCUUCGAAUAUUUUUGCGAUGGGCUGCCACCCAUCUUGGUUUCUCGUCUUUAGCAGAGAUUGAAGCCGCUCCCCCAACAGCGGAGCUGGAGCCUAUACGUUCAAAUUACAGUCAGCUGGAUGAAGUGGACAUGGGAAUGACAUAUAACGAACUUUCAGUUUACGGAAGGUUGAGGAAGAUUUUCCGAUGUGGCCCCGUGUCUAUGUUCAAGAAUCUCUGUUUCGGUUGGGGUUCAAAAUUAAGUCCUUCUGAGGUAGCUGAUAAAGUGAAGCAUUUCUUCAAAUACUAUUCCUUCAAUCGACACAAGAUGACUGUAUUAACACCCUCAUAUCAUGCCGAGAGCUAUUCGCCAGAAGAUAAUAGGUUUGAUCUGCGGCAGUUCCUGUAUAACUCGAGGUGGCCAUAUCAGUUUCGCAAAAUAGAUGAGCUUGUGGAGGAGCUUAGCGUUGGUGAAGACGUUUCUACAGCAAAUGGUGUCGGAAUUGUUGCGGCUGGUUCGGCCGAUCCCAAGGCGGGUCUUUAGCUACAUUCAAUUAUCAACCUGUUGGGAAACUGUAACUUAUUUGCAUAUAUUUAUAUUAGGUUUAUGAAUAAGGUUAAACACUGGAUUAAGCCACUGUGAUGAAGCUAAUUGCUUCAUGGUUACCAGUGUGCAAACAUAUAUUUUCUUGUUUUAGAGAACAUUGUGCCAUGUGGUAUUUUGGCAAAUAGGAAAAGGAGUUUCGUUAAUGGUGAA